UUUGAAAGUUUCGUUUAUGAAUCCAGGGUAUCAUGUAUAGCGUGGUAUUCACCAUUGUAUGCAUAAGGUAAACAUGUGGUAAUGUCGGGAACCAAUUUUAUCCACGGUGUGCCUGGAAAGGGUGGUAUAAAAUUAGGAGGAUAGGGUAAAAAUGUACAUGGUGGCUAUAUUUACAAUAUGGAGCAGGCUGAAGUCAAAGAAAGUGAACUGGAGGAAACACUCCUAAAAGAUUCUGUAAUGCAUGAUCUCGAUGCAUUGCUGGUAAAACUACUUGAAUACGGAGAGGAAAGUAUGCUGAUUACUGCAAACAGGACUACCAUUCAUGUAAUAGGAUCAAACAAGGGAAAGAACUUUCUGUCACAUGACCAGGACUUGGCAAUGAGGUUUCACAAGUUCUGUUUUGAAGAUUCAAUGGAAAACAGUGUAGACCAGAGUGUGUCUUCAGUAUUACCUAAAGUGGACAGUGAAGUUGAACCUGACGGCUUAAAUCUGGAUGAUAACCUUUCUCAGUCAGAUGUCAAAAACACAGCGCCCAAGUCUCCUGUUGUUGUUAAACCCAAAAGAAAGAGAGGCCGGCCACUCAAAGUUGCUAAGAAAGCUGAAGAACAGAAACAGCUAGAUGAUGAGGAUACAGAAGAGAAGCACGACAUGAGUGAAACAAUGGAUACCAGCUUUGAAGAAAAAGAAUGUGAAGUUUCUAGAAGUGGGAGAAGAAUCAAAAAGAAGGCAUUUGAGUCUCUUGGAUAUGUACCAUUGGGAAAGAAGAAGCGAAAGAUUAAUAUCAGUACAGAAAUAAGCUCAAGUGAUUCCUUCAAGUCCCUCGUCAAACAAUCUCCCCAUAGAUCUCCAAGUCCGAAGGAAGUAAACCCAGAAAUGGCAGAACCUGAUACUACAGAGAGAGAGGAUGAAAUGGUGGCAGAUACUGAAGAGAGCACUGACCUGGAACAAUCUGGAGGAAUGGAGGAAACACCUAAUAAGAAGAAAAAGGGUCAGCAUGUCUGCCAGACGUGUGGUGAAAAAUUCAGCACACAGAGUCUGAUAGAGAAUCAUCUGCGAUUAAUGCACAAAGAUGUAUGGGCAAAAAUUCUGGAGGAGGAAACCGAUAUCCUGGUAUCUCUGGGUUUAGAACAACCUGUAACUGCUGGAAAUCUGAACGCAAGUAAAUCCAAACGAGGAAGAAAGAAAAGGGGAGUGUCUAAUGCAGUGGAAUCAGGGGAGGAGAAUAUUUUGUUUGACUGUCAGAAAUGUGAAGCAAAGUUUACUAACACAAGGAAUUUAGAAAAGCAUGUGUUGACAAUGCAUGGGGAUGAAACCGCAACUUCAGCCCAGAUGGAUGAGGAAGAACACAGUCUGAGCGAAAAGGAGAUGCAAAGUGCUGGAAUAGAUGUCCUGAGAAAAAAAGUCAUAAGGCAUAAGAAAAAAAUAGAUUUCAAUUUAUUAGCAGUGACAAUGAAAGUUGAUGAGAAAACAUACAGAAAACAUGAAAACUUUGUUACAGGUUCUGAAUUUAAGUGUUAUACUUGUAAAGAGGAUUUUGAGAGCAUUGCUUCAUUGAUUAAGCACAUGAAACAAACAAGACAUGAUGGUUUGGAGGAAAAUGCAAGAGAUGGAAAAAGAGAGCUUGUGACAGUUAAAAAGAAAAAGAGCCCAACUAUCUACAAGUGCAGUAAUUGUAGGGUACAAUACUUCAUAAAGGAAAACUGUGUACAGCAUAUUGAGGAAAAAAGAUGCAAGCCAAUGUGGAGGAAAGUUUGUCCCAUGAAAGACUGUGAUCUAAGUUUUGAUAAUAACAACUUUUUCAUGAAUCAUAUGAAGACCAUUCACGAUUCUGAUUAUCCCUUCUUCUGCUCAAGCUGCAACAAAAGUUUUCUAAGGAUCAGAGAGUAUGAGAGCCAUUGUAGUUACCAUAGGCGCAUAAACAACAGCCUGAUGAAUCCGGGCCUGCCAGUGAUGUGCAAUGAGUGCGGCUUACGCUUUCCCACCAACUUUGAUGUAAACAAGCACAAGCUAGAGGUUCAUGAAGCCAACAAGAAAUUCAUUUGCGAUGUUUGUGGCAGGAAGUUUAGAAGGGAAGACAAUAUGAGGCUCCAUCUCAAAACACACCAGAAAAAAGAGAAUGAUCCAGAAUUACAGUGUAAAAUAUGUGAGAAGUUUUUGUCUUCCAAGGAUAGCUUGAAAUUGCAUCAGAAGUUUAUGCACUCAGAAGAAAAACCAUGUGUCUGUGAAAUUUGUGGGCAUCGAACAAGGCAGAUGGGCAGCUUACGACACCACAUGAAGGUGAGGCACUCUGAUGAUCGCCCCUAUGAGUGUGAGUGGGAGGGAUGUGGCAAGACUUUUAAAAUCUAUCAAGUUUGGCAGUCCCACUCACAAUCCCAUGCCCUGGCAGCAGGUGAUGUUGACAAGGCCAAAACGUAUGGAAGGCUUCAGUAUUGUGAAAUUUGCCAGCGUUACUUCCCUUGUAGGACGGACAUGAACAACCACAUGCUGAUCCACUCCAACGAAAAAGCUAUCCAAUGUGACAUUUGUCAAGCCACUUUCAAAAGGUACGGAAGUCUGAAAAGGCAUAUGAUGAAUGUUCACAACAAGCUGAUAACUGGAGGUCUCUCGGCAAUGAAGAUGCAAGACGGAUAUUUUCCUCGUGCAAAACCCAGGAAAAGAGUCUUGGCUAUUCGAAAACCUAAACCCUAUCAGAAUGAGCAGGUUCAAACUAAGGACUCUAUACCAGACUUGCAAAAGGUAACAGUCUUGAAACACGAAGAACUUGAAGAACUUGAAGAACAUGUAGAACAAGUUGAGGAGUACCAGACAGAAAGUACUUAUGAAUUACAACAUUCUGAAGCACAGGAAAAACUACUGCAGCUUCUGGCAGACGCUAGCUCAGAUGUCACAAAAGUGGAGGAGCAGGGCUCUUCAGCAACCCCAGCAGUGAGGGACUUCACAACAGAGGCCGAGUCACAGGCUGAAAUUCUGGAGGCUGUCAAGGAGUUUGAGGUAGAAGAGACAACAGAUGAGGUGUGUUUGGACAGUGCCGGGGAACAGGUGAUUUACCUGAACUCUUUACCUAAUGAACUUAUCUCAGCUCAGAACACAGGUGGGGUGAUUUAUGCUGUGAGGAAUAGUGAUGGGAGCUUGUCUUUGCAGUUAGCACCAGAAGAUAGUUAAGGUAUAGACAAAUAUAAAUGGUAAGUAAAAAGGGUCCAAACAAUUUUUUUAAUACUCUGUACAAAUUAAUUAUUUACUUUAUGGGAGUGAAGUGUUAUACUAAAAUACUUCAAUGUUUGUGUCAGUCGUUAAACAUUAUUUGUCUUGAGAUUAUCUGUCAAACUUUAAAUAAUUUGCUUUUUAUUG